UCUGACGUCUUGCGCGGCCAGACAGUUGCAGGACUGCGAUAGUCACGGUAAGUUUUAGCACUGCGUCAUUCGCCUUUUAUUCGACUCUGACGAGCCUUUUUAGUGAGUCUCACCUGUACGUUUCUUGUCGGUACACUGAAACUUCCUGUCAGCAUAAUUAAUAGCUCGUAUAGCCUAGGCGACAGCAGAUAGGCCACUGGUAAUUAUGAUGUAACGGGACACAUUUUUUUGCAUUUUGUUGAAAUAUUUCACCUAAGUUGCUGAUAUAAAAAAGGCUAUGGUAUAACUUCAUAAUUGUUGAGGAACAGGGUCAUAACUGCGACAUUUUACAUAUGUGCGCACAUUUCGCAGAGUUAGUAGCCUAAAUUACGCACUAAAUGUAUAACGCAAUAUAAAGUCAAAAAGUGUAGAUCUACAUAGAUGAAACCUGCUCUGAUGACGACUUCUGGUUAUUAUCAUGAUAUUGAUCAUUCUAAUUCAACACGUGCGACAGACAUCCCCAUAGCCUACAUACCACCAAUGAUUUGAGACACUGACAUUGAAUUGUGGUGACAGAAUUAAUCAUGGAAAUCAAUCCGUGUAUAAUAUUGCUUGAUUAUGUAAUCCAUUUUGCAUUUCAGCAGACCAUAAAAUACCCCACCAGCCUCUACUGCACUUCUUUGUAUGACUCAGCUAUGUUUUGCAAUGUUAUGAGUGUAGUGCAUCUGUGAUGUAAGCAGUAGGAUUGGGAACAGUGAUUAGGGAGGGACUAAGAGGAGAGGAAAUCUGGUUAGGCUGACCUCUCUUUCGCUCUCUCUAGUGUCAUUUUGCAACAAUGUCCACUGCAUUGCGACUUCUUUAUUGUACGUCUAGACCAGGCACUUUUGGAGUCAAUCCUGGCCUUGUCCGACCGUUCAGUCUGUCAGUCCAGAGAGAGGCAUUCAAGUAUGUAAAUGCACAGGAGGAGGCCACUGAUAUGAAGUCAAUAACAGACCGUGCUGCUCAGACACUCUUAUGGACUGAGCUCUUCAGAGGUUUAGGAAUGACAAUGAGUUACCUGUUCCGUGAGCCAGCCACCAUCAAUUACCCAUUUGAAAAAGGACCCCUGUCACCCCGUUUCCGUGGUGAGCAUGCUUUGCGCAGGUACCCCAAUGGAGAAGAGCGCUGCAUUGCCUGCAAACUCUGCGAAGCCAUCUGUCCUGCACAGGCCAUCACUAUUGAGGCUGAGACUCGUGCAGAUGGAAGCAGGAGGACAACCCGCUACGACAUUGACAUGACCAAGUGCAUCUACUGUGGUUUCUGCCAGGAGGCAUGUCCUGUUGAUGCCAUCGUAGAGGGGCCUAAUUUUGAGUACUCCACUGAGACUCAUGAGGAAUUGCUGUAUAACAAAGAGAAGCUGCUGAAUAAUGGUGAUCGCUGGGAAGCUGAGAUCGCCGCUAAUAUUGAGGCUGACUAUUUAUAUAGAUGAAUAACUUCAUGUUUUACAACACACACAUGCACACACACUGACACACACACACACACACACACACACACACACACACACACACACACACACACACACACACACAGUCAAAACAUAUAGCCUAUAUUUCAGAUAGGCUACUGACAACACUAUGUUAACCAACUUUAAGCCACACAAAUCUAACCUAUGUCAGAAUAAUAUUACACAUUAUGUCAGAAAUAGACAAAUCAAGUCCGCGCCAAUGUCAGUUAUACGCACAAUACUAGAAUAAAAGCUGGCUAAAACUAUGGACACAUUUUGUCCACAACACUUGAAUAACAACUGAUAAAUGAAUGUAGAGUGAUUUUGGAAAAUACAAUAAAGUUUUGAACAUAA